AUUUCCGUGCUUCGGCUCACCUUCUGUAUUUGCCGAUACUUCGGGGAGAAUCAAUGCUAAUGCUUGUAUCCAAGCUGUAGAAGCUGGUGCGGACGGAGCACUUGAGGGUGGUAACUGUGGGAGACGACUUUUCCCGGGGUGAUAUAGAGAUUUUGGCAGUGCUGCUCGACAUGCAGCAAGCUCCGCUGCGGCUAUCUCAGACGAUAUGGUCCGCAUUUCGAGCUGCGAAGCCAGCCCACAAACAUCUUCCACAACCUCGCCAUUUUUCCUCGGUAGUACGGCAGGCCCCGCAAGCAUGGCCAUGUCAACGGUCGAGAAUAGCUGUUCAAGCUCGAUUUUAUAGCGACCACAAACCAGAGAUUGAACGAAAAGUGCAAGAUGCAAAAGAUCGAAUCGACGACAGCCUGGACGCUCGUGCGGACAGAGCUGCGCAACCCGAAGAAACACUUAAGAACGCACGAGACGAGACCAUCGUCCAUACGAUACCGGAGUCGUCCUCGAUAGUCUACGCCAGGCCACACGACGAAAAGCCCCCUAAGCCGAAACAACAACCCAGUCAUGCCGACAACGCUCUACCCUCCGACUCCUCGUCCCGGUACUCACACCUACGGAAACGCUUCUCCCACUUUAUGGACAAUUUCCAAACACACGUCUUCACGGCGUCACGGAGAUUGAACGACCUGACAGGCUAUUCGGGUAUCGAACAGCUGAAAAACGAGAUCGAACAUCAAGAGUUGGUGGUGCAGGAGUCUCGAAAAGCCGUCAAAGACGCCCGCUCCCGGUACAGUGAAGCCAUAGCCACGCGGAGCCAGACACAACGCGAGGUCAACGACCUCCUACACCGUAAGCACACCUGGUCCGCCGCGGACUUGGAACGCUUCACGAGCCUGUACCGCUCCGACCACGCCAACGAGCAAGUCGAAGCAGCGGCGCAAACGGAGGUCCAAGAAGCCGAGGCGCGCUACGAGGAGGCAUCGACCAAACUCGCCAGAGCGAUUCUAGCAAGAUAUCAUGAAGAGCAGAUCUGGAGCGACAAGAUCAGACAGAUGUCGACAUGGGGCACGUGGGGUCUAAUGGGUUUGAACGUGCUGCUGUUCGUGGUCUUUCAAAUCGCGGUCGAGCCGUGGCGGAGGAAGAGGCUGGUCAAGGGCUUCGAAGAGAAAGUCGAGAUGGCGUUGAAAGAACGCAAUGAAGAUAGAACGCCUCCCGUGCAACCUAACCAGACAGCUGCGGCGGCGGCGAUAUCUGCUGGGACUGAGAAGGUCGAUGCCGUGGCAGACAAUAUCGCCGAACAGAUCGUCGAUGCGAUUUCCGGGGCUACCGCCACCCAGACCGCCGAGGAGACACUUCCAGCAGCUACAACGCCAUCCCAAGAGGAGGUUGAACAAGUUGUCGAAGAUGUGGCUACUGCUGAGAUCGCCGCGGAGGAGGUCAACAGCGGCUCUCCGGAGACGCUUGUGCCAGAUGAACCAGUCGACACGCCUGAAGUCACGCAUGGGUGGGAACGAUCGCGGUGGACACCGCCGGACUCUCCGCUCGCGUGGUAUGAAGAUACGGUACGUGCGCGGAUCAGUGACGAGCAGAAAGUUACGCUCACGCAGCGCGAGUUGACUACUGUUGCAAUGGAGGGCGUGGCCGGUGGCAUGGCUCUUAUGGGCUUGCUGUUCGUGCUCUUUCGGCCGAGGUGAGAUGUGGUCAAGAUCCUCCUAGACAGGCGGUCCGCCGCUCAAUGUAUAGAACAUGUAAUCUACGACACCAAAAUGUACAUAAAACAGGAAAUCUCACAUCACUGGCACACUGUUGUCUGGUGGCCUUAAGAUACACGAUUUGAUGGGAAUUUGUCUCACAUUUUCCUGGAGGAUUGUUGGACGUUUGACCCCAGGCACCUCUUUCCUGCUCUAAUAUGUACAGAAUCUAGCUAACCACCUCGUCGAGCUGUGGUGUAGCCCAGGUCAUUCCACCUGCUGCACUGCUAGAAGACUUGUUCGCCGCGCGAUACACCAGUAUAAAAAACAAC